GUAGGCAUGCGUGUUGUUGCCACUGUAGCUAGGAGCAGUAGCAGGUUUGUCGCCACCGGUCGAGGAACAGUGGAACACAGCAGUGGUAAGCCUGUUUGGCGAUCAUCAAUAUUGAUAUUCCGUAAGGAAACCACGACUGUUUGUCCAUGGCCCAGUUUGGGGGACAGAAGAACCCUCCGUGGGCUGCCCAGUUCGCCGCAACUGCGGUUUCGCAACCCGGACACUCAGGACAAUCCUUGGACCUUAGCAGUUUACACUCUCUAGGUGUUCAACAGUCUUCUCUGUUGGGAGCGUCCCCCUCUAUGUACUCCCAGCAGUCAGCCCUAGCUGCAGCCUCAAUGAACUCGCAAUCUGCUGCCAACUACCAGCUUUCCCAGCAGACUGCAGCUCUUCAGCAACAAGCCGCCGCAGCAGCUGCUGCAGCUGCCUUGCAACAGUCGCAGAUCAAUUCGGCACUGCAGCAGUAUCAGCAGCAACAGCAGCAACAGCAACAACAGCAGCAGCAGCAGCAGCAGCAGCAACCGCCCCCCCAGCCCCCUCCUCAGACCCUCUACAAUGUCCCCCACCAGCUCCCGCAGCCUCAGCAAGCCCUGCUCUCCCAGCCCCCGGUUGCCCUGCCGACCAGUAUGAGCCUGUCCAACCCGCAGCAGACGGCCCAGAUCACCGUGUCCUACCCCACGCCGCGCUCCAGCCACCAGCAGCAGAGUCAGCCCCAGAAGCAGCGCGUCUUCACCGGGGUCGUCAACAAGCUGCACGACACCUUCGGCUUCGUGGAUGAGGAUGUCUUCUUCCAGCUCAGUGCAGUCAAGGGGAAGACCCCUCAGGUGGGUGACCGUGUCCUGGUCGAGGCUGUCUACAAUCCCAACAUGCCCUUCAAAUGGAACGCUCAGCGCAUCCAGACGUUACCUCAGCUGCCUAAUCAGCAGUCGCAUCAGGUCCCCCAGACCUUACCUCAAGUUUCCCCACAGCUGUCCGGCUUUUACCCGCAGGACGCUGGGAUGGCACGCUACUCUGAAAUGCAUUCUUCGGUGGAUUCAAGACAAAAUAACCAGCCUGGAGGGCCCAACAUGAUGAAGCAGGGCCCCACCAUGAUGCAGUCUCUACCUCCCCCCACCACCUUCAGUGUCCCUACCCAGGGCCCACCGCCCUCCCUGCUGCAGGCCCAGCUCUCUGCCGCCACGCUGGCCCCGCUGCUACAGAACCCCCCUCAGCCCUUACUGUCCCAGCCUCCCCCCAAAGAGUCUGUAUUCUCCAGUGGGCUGCUGCAGCCCCCGGUGCGGAUGAUUGCCCAGCCCCAGCCAGUGAGGCGCAUUGAGCCCGCGCCCCGCUUCCCCAGCCGCAGUGACCGCACCGAGCUCAUCCUGAGGAAGGAUGACCGCAGGGACAGGGAGCGUGAGCGCAGGAGGUCUCGGGAGCGCUCCCCAGCACGCAAGCGUUCCAGAGAUCGGUCUCCCCGCAGGGAGCGCUCCCCCAGGCGACCCCGUCGCGCGCUGCCGCGCUACACCGUGCAGUUCUCCAAAUUCUCUCUGGACGGCUGUAACUGUGACAUGAUGGAGCUGCGCCGGCGCUACCACAGCCUCUACAUCCCCAGUGACUUCUUCGACGCCGUCUUCACCUGGGUGGACGCCUUCCCGCUGACCCGACCCUUCCAGUUCGGCAACUACUGUAACUUCCACAUCAUGCACAAAGAGGUGGACGCUCUGGUGAAGAACACGGCCGUGCUCGACCCGUCUGAUGCCAACCACACCUACAGCGCCAAGGUGAUGUUGCUAGCCAACCCAAGCUUGGAGGAGCUCUAUCACAAGUCGUGCGCUCUAGCUGAAGACCCCUCGGACGUCAAAGAUUCCUUCCAGCACCCGGCCCGCCUCAUUAAGUUCCUGGUCGGCAUGAGGGGCAAAGAUGAGGCCAUGGCCAUCGGGGGACACUGGUCUCCAUCCCUGGAUGGCGCCGACCCCGAGAAAGAUGCCUCAGUGCUGAUAAAGACAGCUAUACGCUGCUGUAAGGCUCUGACGGGCAUUGACCUCAGCCUAUGCACCCAGUGGUAUCGUUUUGCAGAGAUUCGCUAUCACCGCCCUGAGGAGACACACAAAGGGCGGACAGUCCCCGCACAUGUGGAGACAGUGGUUUUAUUUCUGCCGGAUGUUUGGCAUUGUCUUCCUACCCGCUCAGAGUGGGAGGGCCUGUCGCGCGGACUCCAGGAGCAGCUGGCAGAGAAACUCUUGGCCGAGCGCAAGGAGGCGGAUGGAGACCAGGAGGAAGAGGAGAAGGAUGAAGAAGAUUCAAAGGAGGUCACCACUCCCACCCACUGGGCUAAACUGGACCCGAAAUCAAUGAAGGUGAAUGACCUGCGCAAGGAGCUGGAGAGCCGCACUCUGAGCUCCAAGGGCCUCAAGUCUCAGCUGAUCGCGCGCCUCACCAAGCAGCUGAAGGUGGAGGAGCAGCAGGAGGAGGCCAAGGAGCCCGAGAAGCCGGAGGUGCCCGUGCCCGACGAGGACGAGACGGCUCGCCCGGAGGACGACCACGAGGAGGAGGAGCGUAAGCGGCAGGAGGAGGUGGAGCGGCAGCGUCGGGAGCGGCGGUACAUGCUUCCGGACGAGCCCACCAUCAUCGUCCAGCCCAACUGGGCAGCCAAAAACGGCAAGUUUGACUGCAGCAUCAUGUCCCUCAGUGUGCUGCUGGACUAUCGACUGGAGGACAACAAAGAGCAUUCGUUUGAGGUGUCUCUGUUCGCUGAGCUCUUUAACGAGAUGCUGCAGCGAGACUUUGGCUAUCGGAUCUACAAAGCCAUGGCUGCCUUGCCUUAUAAGGACGAGAAGAAGGACAAGAAGGAGAAGCCCAAGAAGGACAGUGAGAAGAAAGACUCCGAGAAGAAGGAAAUCAAAAAGGAGAAGGAGGAGGAGAAUGGCGAGCCAGCGGGGAAGAAACUGAAAGAAGACGAGGAGAAGAAAAAGGAUGAGGAGAAGGAGAAGGUGCUGAAGAAAGAGGAGUCCAGAGAGGAGGAUGACGAGGAUGAAGGAAGCAAUAACAACGCAGAGGAGUACGACCCCAUGGAGGCCGAGGAUGCAGACGACUAUGACGAUGAUGACAAAGACGAUGAGGACUCGAUAGGAAGAGAUCGACGAGAUGACCGGCGAGAUGAGAGGAAAUCUAAGGAGAGAUCUUCUAAAGACAAGGAGGACAAGAAGAAACAGAUGGUGACCUAUCACCGGGACCUGCUAAUGGCCUUUGUGUACUUUGAUCAGAGCCACUGUGGCUACUUGCAUGAGAAGGACCUGGAGGAGAUCUUGUACACUCUGGGGCUGCAUCUCUCCAGGGCCCAGGUGAAGAAAAUGGUGAGUAAACCGAUGGUAAGGGAUGCGUGUUUCUACCGGAAGCUGACGGAUGGUCCGAAAGAUGAGCCUCCUCCAACUGUGACCUCUGACUCCCCACCCGAAAGCCUUUUAGGGAAUAGAACUAUGCUGCCCUCCCUCAAGGCCCGGCGGUCCAGUGAGCCCGCAGAGGGCACCGAGUCGGGCAGUUUGAUCGUCUACAACGGGGCCAUGGUGGACGUGGGGAGCAUGAUGCAGAAACUGGACAAGAGCGAGAAGGCCCGAGAGGAGAUCGAGCAAAAGCUCAUGCUGCAGGACACUAAAAUAGACGAGGAUGCCAAGCGCAUGACGGAGCUGGAAGCCUCCAAUCGCAACCUGACGCGCGAUCUGGAGGAGGUGAGGAGUCGGCUGAGUGACACGGAGGGCAGUCUGAAGAGCACGGAGGAGCAGAAGGCCAGUUUCCACCAGCAGCUGCAGAAGACCUCCGCCAGUCUCAACGGAGUCAUGAAGGACUUACAGAGUGCAUUAGCUAAGGAGGAACCCACUGAACCCAGUGACCAAAAAGUCCAGGCCAAUGGCUCUGAUGAAUGAAUGCCUUUUUGAUUUAGGAGGAAUCCUUUCUUACAGAAUUGUAUAUAAGCACUAAACCAAUAUAAUUUCAAACUGAUUUUAUUUUGACAAGUGUUUUGACACAUGUUGCGGUGUACAGUUUUACAAAUAGAUGGGUUCAUUUGUAACUUGGUGAUAUUCUCUAAUUCACAUUUCAUGGGUCUUCAUUUGUUCAGAGCAAAUGUCUAGUUUAUUUAUGUUGGUUCAAAAAGCAGUUAUAAAAUGAAAACGAGUUUUAAUAUUUAAAGCAUUGUUAUUAAUAUGAAAAAAGUUGAAAUUAUUUGUUUUUGGUUUUCCGUUGCUAAAAUUUCUGUUGUGCUCAGCCAGCCUCCCCUGACCUACUCUGUACAACAUUUGUGCCAGUAUGUGACCGCUGUACUUUCUCAGCCUUUGAUUAGCAAUAAUAGUAAUAUUUAUGUUGAAAUGGUUUAAUAUAGAGAAGUAAUUAUCGGAAUAAUUCCCUGAGCAGACCAUCUGAUGAAAACACAAGUUCUUCAGAGUUUAGGUUGCAGUGACACGAUGCGUCAAUGGCAUCCCGGUCAUGACUUACUAACUUGCUAGCAGCCAGUCAUACUUUUGGAGAAUCUUCUGCAUGAAAUGUUUUCAAUUCAAUAAUGUCCAGGUUGCUUUGUGGGUCGGCACAUGAUUUCAGUGUGACUUGGUUUUGGACAUUUAUCAUUCUUUUUCGACAUUGCACGGAGAAAGAAACUAGGGACAAAUAAUCAUCAAAGGCUACAGUUCUGUUAAAGAUACAUCAAGUACAGUAGACAAUUUCCCUUACUGUAUAGUCAGUGGUCAUUUCAGAAAAAAAGAAGUGUGUUCUUCGAAAACAUGUUUUCUAGAACCGAUCAAGAAGCAAUGACUUUCUAACUCUGAGCUGAUAUCUUUAGUUUUGGUCCUCUUUCUUUGAAAUGAAGGCAAGGUGCUGUGAAUGGUAUAGAUUAUAGAGAAGAGCCAAACUUAGUAAAACUGAACCCAAAGCAGCCAAGUGCAUAUUAUUUUUCUAUUUCAGAUGUGCUUUAAGGUUGUCUUGUGCAGAAAAUAAAUGUGGUUCUUUUUAACAUAA